AUGACUGACAACAGAAAAUGCCAUUCACAUUCAUUUUCAUUUUAACAUCUAUAAGGAGCUUUGUUAAACCAGUCUCCCACUGCUCCCAGUAUACCCAAACGUUGGCAUAUAGAGCAGUUAAAGUCAACGCAGAAGCUUGUUGAAAGACUCUUUUUAUCUGAGGGUUCAGAUCAUGGGUCAAGUGUUGGUUUGGCGCCCUGUACUCAAAAUUAAAAGUGACCAAUCAGACACAAACUAUGCAGAUUAGUGCAGAAUAUGAUGGAACUACAUCAAAUAAAGACUGCUUGUAAGUGGUGGAACUCAGUGUAGGCUUAUUCAACUACAGAGGAAGAGCAAGAUGUGCAUUUGUCCUUCACACACUCAACUCCAAACACUUGUCAAAAUUCACACCACCUCUCAGCACUCAUCUACGUGUGCAACACAAGCACAAUCUUUGUCCCACUUUUUAAAGUUGUUGGGAUACAAUAAGUGGAAAAAUAUAUUUCUGUAUUUUCUAAUUCAUAUUUUUCCUAAACACUCAAUGAACACACUAACAGAUUUCAUUAUAUCUUCAUUCUUACACAAUAGCGUUUUUGUUUUUAAUUUAAUCUUCUGGCGGUGAAUUAACGAAGUUUAUGAACCGGGUUUUUUUAUGACAGGAAGUGGCCUGCUACGUGUAUUUCACAAGUUCACAACCGGAGCAAUGCGGUAAUAUCGUAACCCUACGAACUUUGCCUAAACUGUUAAUAAUUUAUAAGUGCAUUAGUGAGAAAACUGUCCAACUAUCCAAACAUGAAGGUCCUGAACAGAGACGAGCUGCAGAUCGCUGAAGGAGUUCUGCUCAAACACUUACCGAAGAGUUAUAAGGUGUACGGUUUCCUGUUCGGUAUCAACAGGAACAAACCGACUACACUGGAAGUUGUGGUCGAUACGUGGCCUGAUUUUAAAGUUAUCAUCUGCAGACCGGACCCCGAGAACAAGCGCGCCCUGAAUUUCAAGAAAAAGAUGGCAUACUACAGCAUGGAUGAACAGAGUUUGAGGGAAAUGCUGACAGACGAGAAUGCUGUUGAUUGGAGCACUUAUUUCAUGAUAGGAGGGCUUGAUGUUUCCCAUGCACCAAUGCUUAAACAAGUGUCUUCUGACAGAAGAGUGAACCACAAAGUCUAUACUUCGGUGCAUCUUCUGUAUUUGCCAGACACCAACCAUCUCCACAUGCCAGUGUAUGACAGUGAGCUUGAGUCGAGGAUUUCAUCUCUUAACAUUUCCCACGUUGACUUGGUGAAUAAAACCUGGAAGUUUGGAGGAGAUGAAAAGGGUUACAGGACCAUUGAAAACCUCAUCAGUAACUUCCCAUCAUGCUGCAUCACAGACGGCCAGGGUCAGCCCGUGUCCUGGAUACUCGUGUAUGAUUACUGUGCUCUGGGAAUCUUGUAUACGCUGCCAGAGCACAGAGGGAAAGGCCUAGCCAAAAUCCUGAUUAGCAUUUUAGCCAAGAAACUCCAUGCUGAGGGUUACCCAGUGUACUGCUACAUAGAAGAAGACAAUGUGCUGUCCUACAAACUCUUUAGAAACAUAGGCUUCAUUGAGGAUCCUUCUUACAGGGCUGCAUGGUUUGAGUUCAAUUUUUCAGAUUAGAUUCAAGAGCUUUUAAAUGUACGUCCAACAUUUUUAUAAGGUCGCGUUUUCUUCAUUUAUAAAAAUAGAAUUCAAAUGAAUGCAACCCAAAUAAAAAGUACAUUAUUAGCGUUUUUUUCUUUUUUUGUCUCUUAUUUAUAAAAAGUGUGAUCACUUCCGGUAAAAAUUAAAGAGUAAGUGAAGUAGACGUUGAUUGACAAAAAUAAUACAAACGUAGCAGUCCGAGACUGCGUACCACAGAUAAGGCUGAUAACUGCAUGCGUGUUCUGAGUGUCUGGAUCCAGUAGGAUCCACAUCUGGAUAUGAACGAGUAUGUGAUUUCUUGGAGAAGACACUGUUUCCUUGGGGCUUGCUUUUCGGUCAAGCUAACUUCUCCCAAUUUCAUUUUGAUAUAUUUGUCAAAAUAUGGUGUGAAAUGUCCAGUUUCCCCCUAUUUCAGAAUAGUAAAGAACCUUUCCACAACUUCCUGGAUCAACUCUAAAAGUAAUCUUCUCUAAGCAGGCUCAGUCCCCACCAUUGAUAACUUUUUGCUAAGAAACAAUCAAAUCAAUCACAUUACCUGCACAACAGAGAUAAUGAUGUAAACUUUUAUUAUAUUAAAGCAUUUAAAUGAGAAGUAGAAAUAAAACCGAGCUGCACUGAUUUGUACUCAGUAGCUUCAUAUUGUUCAUUAAGCUGCUUUCUUUAAGGGGGUCACCACACCGGAUCAUUAACCUCAAUCCGAGCUUUGGCCACUUUGUUGUGGAAUUAUCCUGAUCUGCAUAAAGACUUUCUUCCUGGGUUCCUGACACAACCCUUUGCAUUUAUCUGGCUAAAUCAGCUCUGAAUAAUAGAAAACAACUAACGUUAUAAUUAAGUACAAACAUUUCAAAAUGAAGCUAAUAUGCUUGUAAAAAUGGGGACAGUUUAGUACUUCAUUAAAAACUGAGGGGACCAAAUAAAGCUAGCUGGUCUGUGUAACCUAGACAUGAGGUAGGCAAGACUUGAGGAACCAAUUAAUGUUCAUAUCUGAGUAAAUAUGAGACAGUUAUGUCAUCUGCUGGUGAGGACAGCUGAGUGGGGUUAAUUAUGUUAUAAGAGGAGUAAUGAGGUGGAAGAAACUUAUUUUAUUUGGCAGCUUUAUAAGCCAAAGCAGGGCCACCAAAUUCAAUAAGGUGACCCAAUAAAAUGAUUCCCCAGGCAAUGAGUGCUUACAAUCAAACAUCACAGGAGCCAAAAGAUUUAACAAAAAGAACAAUGAAAGUCGCUCUUGGUGUUUGCUGGCUUGUAUAACAAUGAUUAGCAAAAGUGUAUCCCUCACAACUUCUCCUUUUCUUCUGCUGUGCAAUAAAGAAGUGGUCUAUUGUCGGAUGUCUUACGUGAGGCGCAUGGUUCUCCAAAGUAAAAGACAUUUAAUUGAUA